AUGCAACCACCCUUGAAACUCGCGCAUAACGGGGUUCCCGCUUCGGCAUUUGAAGAUCUGAUGGGAAUUGGUCUGCACGCGGAGGCGCAACCGUUCACCGACUGGACACGUCCGCACGCGAUGCCGCUUCUUUGGGCCACCGCCGCCCGAGCAGGCAGCGUGCCUUCGAUACGUCUGCGUCGUAUACUCCCUGAUGGCACGGCGCGCGCUAUGGGGCUUGCGGGCAGGCUCGACGCAGAGCGCUCAUACACAGCAUCCGGAGGGACUGUGGACACGGUCAUCGAGACGGAGAGCCAGUCGGACGUCGUCGAGCUGGACCUGACGUCCAAGUUUGUCGUAUCCGGAGAGCGCGGUCGCGGCGCGCCAGACAAUCUUCACGAGACGGUCAUGGAACUCAUUCAGGCUGGGUUCACGCCGCAGGAGUCGGGGUACUUGCACGGCAAAGUGCGGUUUAUUCUGAAAGCUGUGAUCGAGGGAUACGUGAGCAAGUACCGUAUUCUGGUACCACGCUCGGCGGAAGCGUAUAUCGUGGCUGGUGAGACUGUUUUUCAUACCCCCGUCGCUCCAGCGCAUCACCUGCGCUUCGACGCAACCGGACCGCCCAAUUGCGAGGCGCUCAAUCACGUUGAUGAACUACUUACCGCUGCCACGGCAAUGGGCGUGACUGAGCUCAACAAGGUGUACCAGUUUGCCCGGUCGGCUUUUCGCCGCAGCGGGAACUGCGGACUGCUGUUUGAUCUCGACGACGUGCUGGGCGCCGCGGGCGCGGGUGCGGGAGCCGAGGCAUUGGACGUCGACGCUCUAAGGGAGACGGCACUGGUACUGCGCGGGUAUGUGCGCAUCGCCGCGGAGGACCUGCUUACAGCCCCUCAGGCAGGACAGAAGCUCCUCGCCGCCUCUCAUCUGUAG